AUGAGGAAAAGCAUUGGAAAUGCUCAACUGACCCAUGAUGAGCUGAAAGAAGUUCUAUUGGAUGUUGAAGUGGCUCUAAACAACCGUCCACUUUCCUAUGUUGAAGAGGAUGUCCAGCUGCCUGUGCUUACACCCAACUCGAUGCUGUACACUCAACCAAACUCAAUUCCGGAAAUGCCACCACAUCACGAAGAAGAUCCAGAGCUCAGGAAACGCGCCAAAUACUUACGAAGAUGCAAGGAGGCCAUGUGGCGACGUUGGACGAAAGAAUAUUUACGCGGUCUGCGGGAACGGCAUAAUCUUAAACACAAGAGAUCUUCACGCAGUGUAGAGGUUGGAGAUGUUGUAAUCAUCAGAGACGAAAACAAAGACAGACACAAGUGGAGACUUGGCAUUGUGGAGGAACCAAUAGCCGGGCGGGACGGUAUCGUGAGAGCUGUUAGACUACGAGCUGGGAAGAAACAUUUGGAACGAGCUGUUCAACAGUUAUACCCGCUGGAGCUGUCUUGCGACAUGUUGAAAGAUUCCGCAGCCCCGAGUUCCAUGCUGAACCCUGAAGCAAAAACCUUUAGGCCAAGGCGAGACGCCGCAGUUGCAGCCGGAUUACGUGUCCAGGAUAUAGCAGAGCAAGAACAAGACUUUUAA